AUGAGCGCCCAACGACGGCUCGACGCCCUCUCCGGCCAACUCUCCUCCACAUCCACCACCACCCACUCCCCAGGCGUCCAGAAGAUUCUGGAGAAGAACCCCGACGACAUUGUCAUCACAUGUGCCACGCGCACGCCUCUCACCAAGGCCAGAAAGGGCGGGCUCAAGGACACCGCGACCGAUGAACUUUUGAUCCACGUCCUCAAGGCCAUCAAGGACAAGUCCGGCAUCAACCCGGACGUCGUCGAGGAUGUCUGUGUGGGGAACGUCCUGCAACCAGCCCCAGGCUUCAUCGCACGGAGCGCCGUUCUCGCCGCAGGUUUUCCCGUCGCCACGGCCGCUCACGUCGUGUCGAGGUUCUGCUCGUCGGGCCUGUUGAGCAUCCAGACCCUCGCCAGCUCCAUCGCCAUUGGCGCGAUUGACGUGGGCAUCGCCGUCGGGCUGGAGAGCAUGUCGACCAACAGAGACGCCCCACCCUCGAUGAGCGAGGCCAUCAUGUCCCACCCGGUGGCCCGGGACAAUGUGGAACCCAUGGGCUGGACGUCAGAGAACGUAGCGCGCGACUUCCACAUCACGCGCGAGGAGCAGGACAGGUUCGCCGAGAUGUCGCACAACCGCGCCGAACGAGCCCAGAGACAAGGCUGGACCAACGACGAGAUCAGCCCGGUCACGACCCGGUGGAUUGACCCCAAGACCAAGGAGACCAAGACCGUCACGGUGGACAAGGACGACGGCAUCAGACCGGGCACCACGUACGAAGGGCUGGCCAAGAUCCGCUCCGCCUUCCCGCAAUGGGGCCCGACCACCACGGGCGGCAACGCCUCGCAGGUCACCGACGGCGCGGCCGCCGUGCUGAUGAUGAAGCGCUCGACGGCCCAGAAACUGGGCCAGCCCAUCAUCGGCAAGUACGUCAAGAGCACCGUGGUCGGGCUGGAGCCGCGCAUCAUGGGCAUCGGGCCUAGUUUUGCGAUUCCCAAGGUUUUGGAGAAGACGGGCCUGACAAAGGAGGAUGUGGAUCUGUUUGAGAUUAACGAGGCGUUUGCGUCGAUGUAUGUCUACUGCGUCAACAAACUCGGUCUGGAUAUCGAAAAGGUCAAUGUCCGAGGCGGUGCCAUCGCCAUCGGCCACCCCCUCGGCGCCACGGGCACCCGUCAAGUCGUGACGCUCCUCUCGGAGCUGAGACGGCGCAAUCAAAAGGUCGGGGUGACGAGCAUGUGCGUCGGCACGGGCAUGGGCAUGGCGGGCGUGUUUGUCUCGGAAGCAUAA